AUGUCAGAACGAGCUCAAGCCCCGGUGGGCCGAGAGCUGCCCCCCGAUGUGCUGGCCGAGCAGGUGGAGCUGUGGUGGUCCCAGCAGCCACGGCGUUCACUGUUGUGUUUCUCUGUAGCUGUGGGUCUUGUGGCUGGUUGUGGGGCAGGUGGUGUGGCACUGCUGUCCUCCACCAGCAGCCGCUCUGGAGAGUGGCGCCUAGCCGUGGGCACUGUGCUCUGCCUGCUGGCCCUGCUGGUUCUGGUGAAGCAGCUGAUGAGCUCGGCCGUGCAGGACAUGAACUGCAUUCGCCAGGCCCAUCACGUGCAUCUGCUGCGCAGUGGUGGAGGGGCUGAUGCCCUUGUGGUUCUGCUCAGUGGCCUUGUGUUGCUGGUCACUGGCUUGACCCUGGCUGGGCUGGCUGCUGCCCCUGCCCCUGCUCGGCCGCUGGCUGCUAUGCUGUCUGUGGGCAUUGCCCUGGCUGCCUUGGGCUCACUCUUGCUGCUGGGCUUACUGCUGUAUCAGGUGGGUGUGAGUGGACACUGCCCCCCCAUCCAUGCAUCUGCCCCUUCCACUCACAGUGGCCACAGUGGCAAUAGCAGCAUCUUCAGCGUCUCAGGACGGUUGUCCUCUGGCCAGCGGCAUGAGACCACCUCCAGCAUCGCCAGCCUCAUCUGA